GUUGUUAUUGUGGUAUUUUUUUUUGUCGUUCAUAAAAGGCGGGAAAAUAUUAAUGUGGUUUAAUUUAAAGUAUUAAUAUUUGUAUAAUUAGUGGAUUAAUUAUGAUCCUGUAGAAAAUUUGUGAUGGUGAAAGUGUUAACUUAGUACGUAAUGUCAGAAAAUCGUCGAAGUCGCAUAGAUUUAGGUGAAAGAGUUGAUCACGGAAGAAGUUCAAUUUUUUGUCGAACACAAACGUUUACUCAAGAGAGGUUUGCUCUUAAUUUAAGCAUACCAAAUCUAGUUCAGUUAACAAAAACAUUCAAGGAAUGUGGACUCCUGGGCAGGUCGCUGAAAGCUUGCUGCUUGUCGCCGCUCAACAACUUUGACUACUCGGAGCUGAGUCUGAAGAGCUACAGCAAGAAGCUGGUGCAGCACCUCACGAACCUGCACCUGGGCCCCGCCGCCCACUUCAGAGUGGAGUUUGCCACCGUGGAAGGGCUCGCACAGACUCCUCACGACAGUGCGGCUGUCAGGAUCACGGUGCUGUACAAGGUGAGAGGGCGGGAGCGGGUGUUCUACCGAGGGCUGCUGCUGUCGUGGAACUGCGCUCAGCCGGCGCCCUACGCGGGCUGCGUGCCGCUCUCGCUGGCGCUGUGCCACGGCUCUCGGACGGCCGUGGAGCUGGUGCACGCCAUGCUGGCCAGGAGCUUCGACUGCGCGGCGGGCGGCCUGGCCGUGGACCACAAGGACCUGGUGUGCCUGUACGUGGCGCUGGCGCACGGGUCCCGGCCGGCGGGGGGCCGGCGCCAGUGGCUGGAGCUCCACUACCAGCUGCCGGGGCCGGCCGCUGGCGACGAGGCGGUGCUCCUGCUGCCCGUCCAGCAGCAGCAGGAGCUGUGGCACAGCCUGGUGAACGCGGAGAGGUCGCGCGUCGACAUGCGCGAGGUGGAGGCCUACUACAAGUGCAUGAUGAAGCACGUGCUGGAGACGUACGGCAUGGACGUGGGCUCGCUGCGGCUGGUGAAGGUGCGGCUGCCCUCCGCGACGGUGUCCGCGGACGGCAGGGUCCGGGCCUCCACCCCGGAGGCCCUGGUGGCCGUCCUCAACCUGCUGUCGGACCUGUCCUCGCGGCUGGAGAGCGCCCGGUCGGCCAUGAGCCCGCCCGACCGGUCCUGAGGCCAAUCCCUCCCCGCUGUCGCUAACGCACGCUGGAGACUCGAUGGACCGAUUCUCGUCUCGUGAGCCACCAGAACCCUCAGAAUCUGUCCUCGUUAUCAUCUACAAACACUUGCAAAUGCUGCUUCAACAGUUUGUUACAAUUAACUAAUGUGGUUAUUUGAUGUGAUGCAUAACGUAGGAGCCCCACCUAUCCGGGCACACGGUGCGCAGGGCUUUAAGAAAAACCCAUGCGAUUUGAAAACUGCUGAAGAUAUCACAGUGGGGUUUUGUUCACGAAAAGAAUUUAAGGUUAUGUUGAUGAAUAGUACUGUUUCCAUAUAUUUUUUUUUUUAAUGUUAAAUUUUAUAAGAGUACAAAUGGCUGUUAUGUGUGUUUUUUUUUAAAAUCAUUUUUAGGCGUAAUACACUCAGUACAUGUUCUUGAAAGCACUCAAGAGACUUGUAUUUCACCUUCAUCUCAGUUUUUACAUGACAUAAAGACCGUGCUCCAGUUCACAGCCUUGCGUUUGGAGGCAAUAUCGUACUAGAAGCACCAGCGGGUGUCGAGCUUAUCAUGGCCCCUUAAAAUGCACUAGUGAUGAAAUUUAACUACUAAAUUCAUUCAAUUUGGACAAAAAAAGACUAUAAAUGAUUUUAUAACCUUAAAAAUUUACUAGUUGUAUUUGCCAUGGCAUGUGAUCUUGACAAUCCAAUCAACCAAUAAGAUGUUUAUUUUUGACAAAAACGUUUUCUUCUGUGCUACUUGUGCACACAGUCUGUAACAAUUUUUAGUCCACGGUUGGUUCUUAAAUCAGGUUUCGCAAUUACGCGAUGCGACUGGCGCUUCAGCCAACGAGUAUGUUGGUUUUGGCAGCUGACGUCAAGAGCGUUACACAGGCAUCACAUAUGCACACAAAUAGAGCAAAAUUAUUUUAAUCAAAUGUAUAUUCUAGUAAUUAUGGUAGAAUAUCUAGAGUGUGAAUGUGUAGCUCACUGCUAGCGAUAAUCCAUCGUUUUAUUGUGAUAUGGCAGAGUAAAUUUGUCUGCAGUGGUUGAUGUCGGGUGCAAUGUUUCACAUCACGUCAUGUUAAAUUGUUGUAUUUUAAACAUAAAAUAUGCAGAUCUGAAUAAUUACCGUAUUUACUCGCAUAUAGGUCGCGGCAAUUUUACCAGAUUUGAUGGGGGAAAAUGAAGUGCGACCUAUAUGUAAAGAAAAUGUUUUUAAAUUUUUGAGGAAUUUUUUUUUGCAAAAUUUUGCUUUAAAAUGCGAAAAAGAAGUUAAUAUAGGUAUAGGCAAAUUUAUUUACAAUGUACACAUACAGCGAAACCCCUUAUUUAUGUUACCGUUAUUUACGUUUUCCCGUUAUUUGCACUAUAUUCUUCAGGUCCCGUUUAGUUCCCAUUUAGUCCAAUACAAUACUUUCACACAAAUUACGUCUCAAAAAUCGAAUACAUCCCGCUAUUUACGUCACGUAACAACCAUAAAAAACCAGAAAAUACUGUGGGUACUUUAAGAGUAGAUAAGAUUAGCUAGUAGGCCUAAAAACAUCGUGAAAAACUUAACGUUUAGUCGGCAAUGAACAUUUUAAAUCGCAAAAUAUACAUAUUUUAUGACAUGAAAAGUUGUUUUUAUUUCUAAACAUGUAAUAAUUUAAGCUUAGGCAUGUAAAAGUCUGAGUAAUUAUAGCAGGAGACAAUCUAAAAUGCACGAGGGUAAACUCACGAAUGUAUAAACGUGGCUGAUUAAGUUUUGAUACUGUAUUUAUGUCACAACUUAGCAGAAAUACUGGUACGAGACAAACUUCACAAGAUAAAAUGAGCGGAGUCUUGGUAACUGUUUUAUACGUAUUUUAUAAUUUCGGAAGUAUUGCACAGUUGACACAUAUUUUUUAAACCGACAAUUUAUUUCUGGGGAUCGUAAUUAAUUAUUGGUAUCAAGACAUCAAGAUGAACGUAAACUUGAACACGUCACGGCAGUGAGAAAACUGGUGCGUAUACCAAUAAACUGGUAUUAGAACUGGACAAAACUGGUACACGAGAGGUGGAGCUUAUAUUUUUUUUCCGCUAAGCUCGCACUUAUUGGCUGGCUGCUGAUGGAAGGUCACGAGUCUGGGCGGAGCGUUGAGUGAGUUAUACUGCGCAUGCGCAGCUCAGUGAACAAAGAGAGCCAGCCGGCGUGCCGUAAACAGCAGCUGAUCGAGUAUAAUGACCUUUCUCCGCGCACGGCGCGCUAUUGACGGUAAAUUUCCAUCAAUUUGCGGCCCUUUUUUUAAAUUUUUUUUUUUUUUACUGUGGUGCGAUGCGUAUGUGUAAUGAAUUACCGGUGCGACCUAUACAGGGGGAAUCUUGAAUACCAAAUUCAAGACCUCAAAUUAUGGGUGCGACCUAUCUGCGAGUAAAUACGGUAUUACUAAUUUUUUAUCAAUUUUUAACUCUGGGAAAUCUGUUUAAGGGGAAGAUGCUAUCAUGAAUUUUAUUUGUUAGGUCAUAAUAAUUAACCUUUGACAGUAUUGGUUUUGAGGGAAGAACAAAAUGAUUAUGUAAGGUUUUUUACUUUUUUUUUAUAAAUUGAUUUUCCCAAUUUUUUUUGUACUCUACAAUAUUUACUUUUCACUGUAAUUCACAAUGCUGUAUUCCAUUUUGCUUAGUUUCUUUUAAUUAAAGCACAAGUAUUUACUUUAAAAAUGGUUGGUAACUUUUAUAAUAUGGGCCCUCUCCGCAUCAAGAGUGAGAGUCUACAAGCUCAACACCCGGCUGGUGCUUAAUAACUGCAUUUAAAAAAAAAUUAAAAUUCACUUUGAAAAUUAUUUUUCAAAAAUUACCAAACCUUGGUGUUCAGAAAAUUCAGCAAUGAAUCAGACUUAAAAUAUAACAAAAGUAUCAAAGUGGGUACCAAUUUCUAUAAUACAACUUCGAUUUCUAUUUCUUCCAAAACUCUCACACAAUAAAUAAUCCACUAACAAUGAACUAACAGUACUACAGAUUAAAAAGGGCAUGUAAACCAAAACUUACUAAAGCAACAAUGCUAUGUAUUAAAAAGCUACAAAAAAAAUUAUUGCAAGAUUCUAAGUGUAUACUCGGUACUACAUCCAGUUACCUGCAGAGAAAAUUUCUUUUUAAAAUGCUUGAGUGUAAACUUUGAAUUAACAGCUUCACCAACCUAAAGAAAAGUUUCCACCUGUGGAGCAUAAGUGGGUCAACAUUUUGGUUCGUUGUGACUUGGUACUUGCAUGUUUGGAGAGAUGUUGACUCAACUGGCCUAAAACAGUUAGGCCCAUAAUGCCUCAACGUAAAAGGUCAGGUCUUCAUGGGUAUUAUCGCCUACCUCAUGGGCUCCAGGCACACUUCACUUUAGCCUUGCUUGCGACAGAAUCACUUAGUCGUUUCCGGCAGCUGCCAGCUGGCCUCGUGUGACACCAUAACGUGCAUGCAUGCCGCAGUUCAGUUACAAUUAACUGUCACUCUAGCUUUUUUUUUUUGUGCUUAACUGCUCCCGAGAUGCCACCCAAUAAGCGCACGUUAAACUGUCGUAGUUCUCAAGGUCACUGUAUACCAAUUAUGCCUUUUUAAGAUAAAUGAUUUAAAACCUUUUUUUUAAUAACUCCUGAAAUAAUAGACUGUAAAUUAAUACCUGAAGUUAUAAAAACCAUAGAAAAAAUUAACAAAAGUUUACAACUUAAAAUAAUGUAAAUCAAACAGAAAUCUUGGAAUCGUAUAAAUCUUAAAAAAAAAUAUCUGAAAACUAGCAUUAACAAAAAAUCAAUUUUAAAACAGAACAUGCCAGUGCCCUGGCUGGAAUGUGUGUACGUGUUUGUCUUUCAUCCCUACGAAUUUUCAUCGAGACGUAAUGGUGUGUUCUUACUUUGUUUCUCAUGCACUAAACUUCAGGUUGUGAGAAAAUUGUAAAUAUGUAAUGUUUUAGUUAAUAUUGGGAGAUAAAUUUCUACAAUAUGUUGAAUAGUGCUUGUACAUUGUAAGAUUGUAAGUAAAUUUGUUUUUACAGUGGCAAUUUAGUCUGUAAGAUAAAAAGAUCACAUAAUAUUAUAAUAUAUGAUAAAACAAAAGGUUUUUAUAUUUAUGAACUGAACCUCUUGUGAUUGCAUUGCAAUAAAAAAAAAACUUUG